AUGGUGAAGCAACACAAUUGCCUGGUGGAGAUCACUAACAAGACGCAAUUUUCUAUGUCGUAUAUGAAAGAAUGGUACUACAGCGGACGACUCGCGGAUGGUUUCAGUUGGCCGAAAACAAUUAACGCAGGCGACCAUCAAAAGGUCCUCAACUAUGAAAGAGACUGGUCAAUGGCAGGAUGUUCAGGGUACGUUACCUAUAAGAUGAAUAACACCAACGUCACUAUUGCUUUCUCCAAUCCACUUUUAGGAGUCAACACGCUUGGAGUGGGGACCGGCGAAAUGAAGGUGUGGGAUUACAUGGACAACCAUCGUUACCAAGGUUUUACUGAAAAAUUAAAUUGCUCUGAUGGGGUUAUUUUAUCGUGCCACUGCGAGUGCACCGGCGGAAACACCAACACUUGUAGUGUUUACCUAGCCGAAAUGAAUUAA